AUGUCUUCUGAAGUCGCCAACUCCGCCUCUCCCGUCCAGGACGGCGCUCCUGACGCCGCCAACGGCACCACCAUCAACACCAAUGUUGGCGCUGCCCAGGGCGACGUCGCGACCCCCGCCUCUGCCACCCAGGCCCAUCCCAACUCCGCGUCGCUCUACGUCGGCGAGCUCGACCCCUCCGUCACCGAGGCCAUGCUCUUCGAGCUGUUCUCCUCCAUCGGCCAGGUUGCCUCGAUUCGUGUCUGCCGCGAUGCCGUCACCCGCCGCUCGCUCGGAUACGCCUAUGUUAACUACAACAGCUCGGAGGAUGGCGAGAAGGCACUCGAGGAGCUCAACUAUACUGUCAUCAAGGGCAAGCCGUGCCGCAUCAUGUGGUCCCAGCGCGACCCGGCCCUGCGCAAGACCGGCCAGGGCAACGUCUUCAUCAAGAACCUGGAUCACGCCAUUGACAACAAGGCCUUGCACGACACCUUCGCCGCUUUUGGUAACAUCUUGAGCUGCAAGGUCGCGCAGGAUGAGAUGGGAAACUCCAAGGGCUAUGGCUUCGUCCACUACGAGACCGCUGAGGCUGCUAACAACGCCAUCAAGCACGUCAAUGGCAUGCUGCUGAACGAGAAGAAGGUGUUCGUCGGCCACCACAUCCCGAAGAAGGAGCGCAUGAGCAAGUUCGAAGAGAUGAAGGCGAACUUCACCAACAUCUAUGUCAAGAACGUCGAUCUCGAGGCCACUGAUGACGAGUUCCGCGACCUCUUCGAGAAGUUUGGUCAGAUAACAUCUGCCUCUCUCGCGCGCGACGAUCAGGGCAAGAGCCGCGGCUUUGGUUUCGUCAACUAUGUCAAGCACGAUGAUGCUGCCGCCGCUGUUGACGCUCUCAACGACUCCGAUUUCCACGGGCAGAAGCUGUAUGUCGGUCGUGCCCAGAAGAAGCAUGAGCGUGAGGAGGAGCUACGCAAGCAGUACGAAGCCGCUCGCCUUGAGAAGCAGUCCAAGUAUCAGGGCGUGAACCUCUACAUCAAGAACCUCGACGACGACGUUGAUGAUGACAAGCUCCGCGAGAUGUUCGCUCCCUUCGGCACCAUCACCUCCGCCAAGGUCAUGCGUGAUGCCAUGCCCGCCGACCACGCCGAGACCCUCACCGAAGAGAAGAAGGACGAGACGGAGGAAAAUAAGGAGGGUGAAGAGGAGAAGAAGGAAGGCUCUGGCGAUGAGAAGAAGGAAGAGAAGAAGGAGGGCGCCAAGGUCACCAUCAAGGGCGAGAAGAAGAUUCUUGGCAAGAGCAAGGGCUUCGGCUUCGUCUGCUUCAGCAAUCCCGAUGAGGCGACCAAGGCCGUCACCGAGAUGAACCAGAAGAUGAUUGGCGGUAAGCCUCUGUACGUCGCCCUUGCCCAGCGCAAGGAUGUUCGCAAGAACCAGCUCGAGGCUACCAUCCAGGCCCGCAACCAGCUCCGGAUGCAACAGCAACAGCAGCAGCAGUUCGGAGGUAUUCCUCAGAUGUUCAUUGCUCCUGGCCAGCAGCCGAUGAUGUACCCUCCGGGCCGCGGACAGAUGCCAUUCGCUGGCGCCAUUCCUGGUCAACAGGGCGGCCGUGGCGCUGGCUUCGCCGGCGGCAUGCCCGGCCAACAAGGCGGACGUGGCGGCCCGAGUGCCCAGCAGAUGCCCCCAAUGUACAUGCCGCCCGGUAUGGCCCCAGGUGCAUUCCCCGGUCCCUACAUGAACCCGCAGUAUCUGCAGCUGGCCCAGGCUGCUCAGCAGGCUGCCAUGGGUGGUCGCGGUGCUGGCUCUCGCGGUCCGAUGGCUCCUAUUCCUGGCAUGCCGGCACAGAUGGCGGGCGUCCCUGGAAUUCGCGGUGGACAGUCCUUCCCUCCGCAAGGCGGCGCUGGUCGCGGUGCCAUGCCUCAAGGACGUCCCGGUCAGCCGCCCGUGGGAGCCUUCCCUCAAGGUAACCGCCCUGGCGUGCCUGUUCCUUCAGGCGUUGACAUGACUGCCUUGAGCGCUGCUCCUGCUGGUCAACAGAAGCAGAUGCUGGGUGAGGCCCUGUACCCCAAGAUUCACGAGAUGCAGCCCGAGUUGGCUGGUAAGAUCACCGGUAUGCUUCUGGAGAUGGACAAUGCCGAGUUGAUCAACCUUACCACCGACGAGUCCGCUCUGCGUGCCAAGGUCGAGGAGGCUAUGAAUGUCUAUGACGAAUAUGUCAAGAACAAAGAGGGUGAGGGCGAGAAAGAUGCUUCCAAGGAUGAGUCCAAAGAAGACAAGGCUUAA